AUGGCACCCACCUUCGUUCAGCUCGCCCUUUCCGCUUUCCUCGCCGCUUCUCUGGUCAGCGCUGAGUCGCACACGAUCAGCUUCACCAACAACUGCGGCAAAGGAACGCCGCAACUCAUCAUCGACGGCCAAGUUGUCUCCAACGGUACCGCGUACACCAACGACGGUGUCAUCAAUGGCAUUGCGUACCUCCAAACCGGCCCGUGCCUGCUCAACGGAGAGAAUUGCGCGCUCAUGGAGUUCAACAUGGCAAACCCCGUCGUUGCUGGCGGCGGAUCGAGCGUAGAUAUCUCGCUCAUCUCCCCCCACGCCCUGAAUGUCCCCAUCGGGUUCAACUACUAUAAUGGUUGCGAUGGCACCGGCUCGUCGUGCUUAACCGACACCUGUCACACCGCCUUCUUCGAACCAGACGAUAACCAGGUCCAGGUCGCUUGCCAGACAGAUAACGUUGACCUGAUGAUUACUUUCUGCCCAUCUGGGUCGUCUUCAUCGUCGGACGAUUCGUCGUCCUCCACGUCCGUUGCGGCCUCUUCUGCGGCUUCCACUCAGAAGGCAGCCACCACGUCCUCCGCAGCCGCAGCCACCUCUACCGCUGCAGCCGUCACUUCCACUGCAUCUUCAGCAGACGAUAGCGCUGCUACCUCUCCUGUCAAGCAUGUCGCCGCCGCGACGUCCGUGGAGAGCACCGCGACUGCAAGCGCCAGCGCCAGCGCGGCUUCCACCGCAGCGACCACGCGCGCCUCGAGCAAGACGUGCAAGGCCAAGGCGGCUGCCCGCAAGCGCUCCGAUCAGUCAGCCGCGAAGCGCGCCAACUCGUGGCACCAUCGUUCUCGCAACGCCCGCGCUGCGUUCUAA